CUGAUGACAUGUAAGCUGGGGACACAGAGAGUCCAGGAGCCCAAGGAUGUUCUGCAGAAGCUGCAGGAGAUGGACGCUCAGGGCCGGGUGUGGAGCCAGGACUUGCUCCUGCAGGUCAGGGAUGGCUGGCUCCAACUGCUGGACAUCGAGACCAAGGAGGAGCUAGAGUCCUACCGCCUGGACAGCAUCAAGGUCAUGGACGUGUCGCUCAACACCGGCUCCUACAACUCUGUCCUGUCCAUCACCGUGCAGGAUUCGGGCCUGCGAGGCACUAGCACUCUGCUUUUCCAGUGCCAGGAAGUGGGGGCAGAGCGACUGAAGACCAGCCUGGAGAAGGCUCUGGAGGAGGAGCUAGAGCAAAGGCCCCGGCUGGGAGCCCUUCGCUCGGACCAGGACCGGUGGAGGGGGCCUCCUCUGGAAAGGCCACUCCCUAAGGAGCCGGCGCCUCCUCUGGAGUGGGGACCCCAUCCCGAACAGCACUACUUGAUGGGCCCAGAGCACGACACCCCACCGCCAUCUCCAAGGCCCCUGCCAUUCCGCACCAGCAUCCGAGAGCCAAGCACCUUCUUGCUGUCUCCUUCAAGGAGGUCCCCAUCCCCUGAGGACCCAAAAUGGGAUAAGGAGGUGCUGGACCACGUCCUAAGGGACAUCGAGAUGUUUGUGGGGAAGCUGGACAAGGCCCAGUCAAAGACCGGUCGUAAGAAGAAGAAUCUCAGGAAGAAAAAUAAAAAGAAUAAGGGAGAGAUAACAGAGGAACAUUACAUCGACUGCUUCCAGAAGAUCAAGUACAGCUUCAACCUCCUGGGAAGGCUGGCCACCAGGUUGCAGGAUACAAGUGCCCCUGAGUUUGUACACAUCAUCUUCAAAAUUCUGGAGUCUAUCCAGACCCAGUGCCCUGAGUCUGACCUAGCAGCCCGAGUGAUCUCACCCCUCCUCACCACCAAGGCCAUCGAGCUGCUGCAGUCCUGUCUAAGCCCAUCAGAGAAUAACCUCUGGAAAGGGCUGGGGACAGCCUGGACCACCAGCCAGGCCAACUGGACAGGCAGCGAGCCCCUGCCCUACCAACCCACAUUCUAUGAUGGUUGGCAGCUUCCAGAAACUUCCUACCAGGCGUUCUCAAGAUACCAAGACCCUACUUCCAUCCGUGGGGAAAGCCCUAGGUUAAGGAGCACCUCGCAGUUUGCUCAAGAGGAGACACACAACCAUGGCUCCAGCCCUGUGCCCUCCAGACCCGGAUCUGUCAAGCCAGCCCUGAAAAUGCAAGUCCUCUAUGAGUUUGAAGCUAGGAAUCCACAGGAACUGACGGUGGUCCAGGGAGAGGUACUGGAGGUUCUGGACCAGAGCAAGCGGUGGUGGCUGGUGAAGAAUGCAACGGGACAGAGUGGCUAUAUCCCCAGCAACAUCCUGGAGCCCCUAGAGUCGGGAGCCACCAGGAGUCAGAGCGAGUCACCCACUCGGGUUCCGAUGCUUCGACUUAGCUCAAGGCCUGAGGAGGUCACAGCCUGGCUACAGGCAGAGAACUUCUCCACUGUCACCGUGAAGACCCUUGGGUCCAUGACGGGGAGCCAGCUGCUUCACAUGAGACCUGGAGAGCUACAGAUGCUGUGUCCACAGGAUGCCCCCCGGGUCCUGGCACGGCUGGAGGCUGUCAGAAGGAUGCUGGGGGUGAGGACGCGCAAGGAUCCCAAGCCCUGCUGGAAAUAUGGGGUGCUCCCUGAGUGAGCACGAGAGUGCCCGGCGGGCACGCCAGCGCACCCGACCCUGGGGCGGCACUCACUGUAGCAGGUCUGGUGCAGGACGAUCCCCCAGGGGCUUGA